AUGGGCGGUUCCGUGCUCACAAAGUACCUUGUGACGCUGGGCCUGGCGCUCAGCGCCACUGCCACGAAGCCAGUGCCCAAGCAGCCUAAUAUUGUCUUUGUCAUCACUGAUGAUCAGGACUUGCAUAUGGACACGCUGGAGCAUAUGCCAUAUCUGCAGAAGCACCUCGUGAAGGAAGGAACCUCGUUUAGCAACCACUUCUGCACCAUUGCUCUCUGCUGCCCGUCGCGAGUCAACCUGUUGACAGGAAAGGCUCCCCACAACACCAACGUCACUGACGUCGCGCCGCCAUGGGGAGGAUAUCCCAAAUUCAUUGCCAAUGGUUACAACGACAACUAUCUUCCCGUAUGGAUGCAGGAAGCAGGCUAUAAUACCUAUUACGUCGGCAAGUUGAUGAACGCUCAUACCAUUGUGAACUACAACGAGCCCGUGGCGGCGGGCUGGACUGGCUCUGAUUUCCUCCUGGAUCCAACCACGUACGAUUACUGGGGUGCGAAGAUGAGCCGCAACGGAGCUGCCCCAGUGAGCUAUGCUGGCCAGUAUUCGUCUGAUGUCGUUGCCGAAAAGGUAUUGGGCUUUAUGGAUGAUGCUAUGAAGGAAGAUAAGCCAUUCUUCUUGGUUGCUGCCCCCGUCUCUCCCCACGGUCAAGUCAAACCCCCACCGCUUUGGUUCGACAAGCCUGAAUACCCUGCUCGACAUGCGCACCUCUUCAAGGACUACAAGAUUCCAAGAACUUCCAACUUCAAUCCAAAAGAUCCUAGUGGAGUGGGCUGGGUCGCUUCUAUGCCUCGCUUGAAUCAGACACAAAUUGAAUACCACGACGAGUAUCAACGCUGCCGCCUUCGAGCUCUGCAGUCUGUGGACGAGAUGAUCGACUCCAUGGUUGAGAAACUUGCGGAGAACGAUCUUUUGGACAACACCUAUUUCAUCUAUACCACCGAUAAUGGUUUCCAUAUCAGUCAACAUCGUCUUCCCCCAGGCAAGACUUGCGGUUUCGACACAGAUAUUCGCAUUCCAAUGAUAGUCCGAGGUCCCGGCGUCGCCAAGGGCGCUACCAACGACGAUGUUUCUUCCCACACCGACAUGGCACCAACUUUCUUGGCUCUUGCCGGUCAGGAGCGCGAGGGAUUAGACGGAGUGCCAAUCUCAUUUACCAAGACCCACGGGAAACCUCGCAAGACCGAACAUGCAGCUGUAGAAUUCUGGGGUGUUGGCCGCACAGAGGGCAUCUACGACCCUUUCUAUCAAAAUGAGUUCAAGUUACCCGACGGUAACUACGGGAACAACACAUAUAAGGGCAUCCGUUUGGUCGGAAAUGACUACAGCCUCUACUACUCUGUGUGGUGCUCAAAUGAAAAGGAGUACUAUGAUGUUUCUACCGACCCAGGCCAGAUCAAGAAUCUCGCUGCCGACCCUGUUCUUGCAAGCAAGCACAAGAUCCGCGGCCGUCCCUACGAGCAGAUUGUGAACAGACUUGAUGCUCUCAUGAUGGUCAUCAAAUCUUGCAAGGGCAAUGAAUGUGUUGAGCCAUGGAAGUCUCUCCACCCCGAGGGCAAUGUCUCCAGCUUAAAGGAUGCCCUCCACCACAGAUACGACGAUUUCUAUGAGAAGCAGCCGAAGGUCAGCUUCAGCUCUUGUGAACUCGGAUAUAUCAAGGAGGCCGAGGGUCCACAAGUGGCCAAUGUCUACAAGGGGCGCCAUCCCCAUGACAAGAGAGAGCCAGAGUAUGGUGGUCACUGGAGCUACUGGGUCUAAGCUCGGACGCUGGUGUCAGGACGUCGUUUUCAAGUCUUUAGUAAUUCUCCUGACGUGGUGCAUUACUUGUAUAUAGUGUUAUACUUUAUUUGUUCAUAUUGAGAGGUAGAUAUGAAAUAUAUAGGUUGAUCG